AUGCUUGCUGAUCUCUUUGGUCGCUGUUCUGGAUUCAUUCGUUCUGAAAUGUUCUUGGGUGCAAUGCCACAUUCAUUCAUAUUAUUCAACUCUCCCCAAUCAGCUUAUAACUGCUAUAAACUGCUAGACAACACUUUAAUUUCUCAAUGGAACAACAAACUCUUGCUCUUGGCUCAGCUGGACAAGUGUUGUGAUCCUUUACCUUUAUUCCCUCAACGACCCAUCACUACUGCUUCGGAUGCUGCACUCGCUAUUCCUGGUCUAUAUCUUGUUCCUGAUUUUAUAUCCGUCUGUAACAGUCUAGAUUUGGUUUGCCAUUUGAAAUCUCAUUGGACAUCUUGUCCUAUAUCGACUGAUCCUGCAUGGAAAUCUUUACAGCGACGACGUGUUCUUCAUUUUGGUUACAGUUUCGAUUACUCUCGAAACGAGAUUGACAGAACUGUCGUUGGAUCGGAUCAUGCUCAGUUACCCCAUAUGCCUGAAUGGUCUGUUUCUAUUCUUGAUCAGUACACAAAACUGUUUCCUCAAUAUCCAUUUCCAAAUCAACUCACCAUCAACCACUACUUUCCUGGAGGUGGUAUUGCUCCUCAUUCAGAUAGACAUUCGUCAUUCAUAAGCCCUAUUGUGAUCAUCUCUCUAGGCUCUGGUUUAGUCAUGGAAUUUCGUAGAAAAUCUUCUCUUUCUGAUCCUACAUAUACCACUGUACAUGUUUACUUGCCCCCAUGUUCGUUGAUGGUGUUGGAUGGUGACGCUAGAUUUGCCUGGGAACACGCUAUUCGACCUCGCACCAUGGAUCUGAUUGAUGGCAAUGUGGUUGAACGCAGUGAACGGUGGAGUCUUACUUUUCGAAAUCUGAGAGAGUUGCAUGAUGUGUGUCAAUGUGGAUACACUCAUUUGUGCAAUUGA